AUGGGUGCUGGUGCUCUCGCCGAUGCAUACAAAAACUUUAGCCAGUUGGUAGUCUCCAGAAUGAAGGAAGCUCCGUUCUACUGCACUGACGACUGUAAAGGAGAUGAGUAUUCCGCUGCGUCAGUUUAUGCCGGCCAACUUCAUGACGCCUUCUAUACUUACGCCCGUGCAUUGAAUGUUACCCUGCAAGGGGAUCCUGAAGCAUAUCGUAACGGAUCGCAGAUUCUCGACAACAUCGUCAUGUCCUUCCAAGGUGAUUGGGUUUUUAUGACCCAUAAUGAUUUCUUUUUAUAA